UUUUCCUUUGAAACUUUCUUCUUCUCGUAACGGUCAACCAGUUCGACCACAACGUGGUUGCGAAUCCAGUUACGGACUCGGUCCGCGGGCGUGACGACAAGGACGACCUACCGCGUCCCGCUCCCCUUCUCCUCCUCCUCCUCCUCUGCUGUCCUUCACUGCGGCGGUGAGUCCCUCUUCCGCUCCUCGUUUCCCCCCUUUCUCCCUCCUGCGACUCGCUACGAAGGGCCGAUCCGUCCAGAUCUCUCUCUACUCUCUUCCCUGUGCUCUCUCUCUCUCUCUCUUGCUCGGAUCUGCUGGCUGCUUUUCCCGUCGUUCGCCGCUUUUCUCUUUGAGGCGGCGGGGUUUAUUCUGCGUUCGCAUGCUUGGAUUUAGGUACAAUGGGGACAUCAUUGCUAGCGGAACUGGUCGAAAGUUUCAAAAAGUUUCUUCUUAUAUCUGCUAGCAACAAUGUAAAACAUGAUACAAUUCAAAGAUACUGUAAAACAAUUGAUCAGAUCCUUGAGCAUUUUAAACCACUGUGUUAUGAAAUUGCUGCUUCUGAGAUAUCUUUGGAUGAGCAACUAGUCAAUAUGUUGAAAGAGCUAGAUGCUGCAGUUGUUGAAGCCGGGGAACUUCUUGAAAGCUGGCACACAAUGAUCAGUAAAAUUUACUUUGUUUUGCAAAUAGAAACUCUUGUUAUCAAGAUAUCUUCAUUCACACUUAAAAUAAGUGAACUGGUGACUCCUCAGCUUCCAAGUCCAAUAGACAGUACCAUACUAAAGUGCAUUGAGGAAACUCAGUACACAAAUGAGUUAAAGAUAUCAGCUGUCAUUGAAAGGGCCAUUACGGAUCAAAAAGAAAAUAAUAGGUCUAGAGCUGAAGAUUUGGAUAAGAUUUCUAACUUCCUGAACUUGUCGUCUAAUCAAGAGUUGUUCAUGGAGGCUAUCGCACUUGAGAAGCUCAGAACUGAGGUUAGCUGCAGUGAGACCCAGGAAGAAGUAGAGAAGAUUGAUCGCAUUGUUGCUCUUGUCGCAUAUAUGCGUGAAUGCCUUCUUCAAGUUAAGCAGUUGCAUAGUAUUAAUGGUGUGGCUAUCCCCACUGAUUUCUGCUGUCCACUUUCAUUGGAAUUGAUGUCUGAUCCAGUUAUUGUGGCUUCUGGACAAACUUACGAGCGAAAUUUUAUCAGGAAAUGGCUUGAUGAUGGUUUCAAUGUCUGUCCAAGGACCCAUCAAACACUUGGACACACUAAUUUGAUUCCAAAUUAUACUGUGAAGGCAUUAAUUGCAAAUUGGUGUGAAUUAAACAACAUCAAACUUCCUGAUCCAGUGAAGUCCAUGGGUUUGAAUAUUCCUUCUGUCUCUCUUAAACCCACCGAAGCAAGUGUUGCUGAAUUUAUUCUCCCUCGCUCUGGAAGUUCUGCUAAGAUAAACCAUCAAAGAUCUCCAGAACACGGGAAAGUGAUUACUUCAGAAAGGGAUACACAUUCCUCUAAUGGAGUCUACCAUGCAACCUCACUUCAUCUGGACUCUGAUUCACAACUCGUGCAAAUUGUGAAUGGAUCUGAUCCAAGCAUUUCAAGAUUAUCCUUAGUUAGUACUACAAGAAACAAGGAACCUAGCUUGGAACAGAGUAAUAUAAAUUCUGGUAGCCAAAGUACCUACCCAUCAAGACAAGAUUCAGAACCCUCAACAGAUGAUGAGCGAUCUCCAUGUCAUAGGCGGACUGAAUCUGCUCCCGAUGCAGUUUCAAGAGAGCCUGUUCAAAGAUCUGGGGAUAAUGAUGAACUCUCACGGGUUUCAAGUGAUUUGACACAUUAUAACAGUGAUGCUUCUGGUGAAAUUGCACAGAAUGCUAUAUCCUCGUCUUCCCAAAGAGAACCUGAGUUUGCACCACCAUUAGAUGAGGUUCGCCCUAGAAAUCAUAAUAUCUGGAGACGGCCAUCUGUCCCUCGUAUCAUAUCCACGGAAUCCAGGUCUGAUUUAUCUGGCGUUGAGUCUGAAGUUCGUAAGCUAAUUGAAGGUUUGAAAAGCGAUGCUGUAGAUACACUGAGAACUGCCACAGAGGAGCUCCGUUUUCUUGCUAAGCAUAACAUGGAAAAUAGGAUUGUUAUUGCAAAUUGUGGAGCUAUUAACCUAUUGGUUGGGCUGCUUCAUUCGACAGAUUGCAAGACUCAGGAAAAUGCUGUCACUGCCCUCUUAAACUUGUCAAUUAAUGACAACAAUAAGAUUGCCAUUGCAAAUGCUAAUGCCAUAGAUCCUUUGAUUUAUGUGCUCGAAACAGGCAACUCUGAAGCAAAAGAAAAUUCAGCUGCAACAUUAUUUAGCCUGUCAGUGAUUGAAGAGAAUAAAGUUAAGAUUGGGCGCUCAGGUGCUAUCAAACCAUUGGUAGAUUUAUUAGCAAAUGGGACUCCUCGAGGAAAGAAAGAUGCAGCGACAGCAUUAUUUAAUCUGUCAAUCUUUCAUGAGAAUAAAUCACGAAUUGUACAAGCUGGAGCAGUGAGACACUUAGUCGAGCUGAUGGACCCAGCAGCUGGUAUGGUUGACAAGGCUGUGGCUGUUUUAGCAAACCUUGCAACUAUACCGGAAGGGAGAACUGCAAUUGGGCAUAAUGGCAUCCCGGUACUUGUGGAGGUAGUUGAAUUGGGCUCUGCACGAGGAAAAGAAAAUGCUGCUGCAGCUUUACUUCAGCUAUGUACUAAUAGUGGUAGAUUUUGUAGUCAAGUUCUUCAAGAAGGUGCUGUGCCCCCAUUGGUAGCAUUAUCACAGUCUGGUACGCCAAGAGCUAAAGAAAAGGCUCAGGCUCUUCUAAGCUACUUCCGUAGCCAGCGUGGCAAUGCUGGGAGAAGAUUAUGACCCAGCUUUAGUUUCCUCAAAUCUAUAUUUAAGUACAAGAGUUUGAUCCUAUCAGCUAUUUUAGGAUUGAUGCACUCUGUUCUCUUCCUGACGGUAAUUACACCGUUUUCAGAGUUUUUUUAGCGUGGUAAUGCAUGAAAGAUUUGUCAGGCGUUUUCUUGUAGAGAACUUACUAAUCUGUAUAGUGUUCAUCGGUCAGUUGAUCAAUUC